AUGAGUUUCACCAAACCUGUCUCGCUGUGGGCUGGCACUCCAGCUCCGUCUUCGCCUCCCGCUAUGAAGGAGGAACUUUCGCCACCCAACAAGGAAGUGCUAUCGAAGAUCCCGAGGUCGAAUUCUGGAGCGGUCAUUGGUGACUUACUUCACGAUCAUCAAAAAAUAGGUGUCUCCCGACUCUUGUUCAUGGAGAAUGACUAUCGUUCAUUGUAUGAAGCGAUGGUCAGGCAUAACCCUUCACUCGGAGCUCGUCGAUUUCUCGAUCUCUCAGCCUUCAGUCAUAUGUGGGAAGAUGAGGGGCACGGGAUCUGGAGCAGCAGAUUCACCGAAUUUGCGGAACCGGAAAACACGAGACCCCUUCAAGGAAAAGGAAUGAUCCUAGCUGAUGACAUGGGUACUGGAAAAUCACUGACUAUUCUUGCUCUUAUUGAAGCAUCUCUGGUCGCUGCAAACGCGUGGAUGUUCUCUCCUGAAUCCGACCCCGAAGAGCCUACGUAUCGACUUCCCAAACAAUACCUCAUGGAUAACAUCUACAUAGAUGCUCCACCCAAAACAAACCCCUCUAUCUCUGAGCCUAGACAUAAAUUUUGGGAUUCAAAUGGCCAUCUCCUUGAUGAACGAUCUUCUACUUUUCAAACGCCUUCGGGACUUCGCAAAUGCGGCGCGACUCUUAUCGUCUGCCCAAAGUCUGUGAUCGAAGUAUGGAUCGACCACCUCGACAAUCACUGGCUUGGGAACAAAGGUUGGAGUACUUUGCAAGGGAGUCAGCAUAAAAUGGACUUUCAGAAUCGUCCUCUUUUGGUUCACAACCACUUUGAAGUCCCAAAACAUCGAGAUAUGACCUCUCUAAAGAAGGCGUCCAUCAUCCUUACCACUUAUGAAGCUCUUGCCACUGAUAUUCGAAAGGGCGACGAGGGGACAUUUCAUCGUUUGAUCUUCUAUCGAGUAGUUCUGGAUGAAGGGCAUCGAAUCAGGAACACGGCUACGCAAAUAUUCCAGUCUGUCGAAUCGUUGCACAAACGUCACAUCCACGUUCUCACAGGCACUCCGAUCCAGAAUCAUCUUUCCGAUCUGCAUGCUUACGCCCGUCUAUUCGAGCUUCCAUGUGGCCUAUCAGAGCCGGAGGUUCUCGAGGAAUACUGUAUCAAUCCGGCGAUCAGAAAACUUCCGUGUGCAGAUGCUGCCAAUCUCCGAGCCUGGGGAGAUAUCUUUGCCUUGCGACGACUCAAAAAGGAUCUGGAGUAUAUUCCGUUACCCCUCAAAACGAUCAAGAUGUUCUGGCUCAGAAACAGAAUGUUGAAAGAGCAGUUCAAAGGGGUAGAAGAUCGGGUCGUAAGACCUUGGCAUGACGAGGUUUCUGGCGAUCAACCAAGCAAGAGGAUCAGAGGAACAGAGUGGCUUUCGGAAUUCAACAAAAAUAAAGGUAGACAACAGGUAUAUAAGCCACUUACAAGUAAAGGUUCCAUCAAGAUGAGAUGGUUUGACUUCUUCCUUGACACUCAAGAGCAUGGGAAAAUCGUAGUCUUCCAUCACUGGAAGUAUACGUUUAGAGAAGCCAAAGCCAAGCUCAAAAAUGCUGGAUACCAAAUCCACGAACUACAAAGUACUCUUACGACUAAGGAGAGGAUCGAGACCACUAAAGGAUUCAACGAUAUGGAACAAGGCAAGAUUUGUCUUUUGACGUCAAUCAUGGUUGGUGGCGAGGGGUUGUCAAUGAUCGGGGCUACUGCAUGUGUGUUCCUUGAUCUCAUGUGGAAUCCCGCCUGGCAUGAACAAUCGAUGAAUCGGUUGCACCGUCAAGGUCAGACCAGCCCUGUGACAGUGUACAUCCCGGUGAUUCAGAAGACUUAUGAGAAUGCAAUAUGGGUUCGACAGCAGGCGAAACGGGGGUUCUCUCAACUGCUCUUUCCUGAUGAUCCUCCAGGCGAAAUCGCGUUGUCUGAAUUUCCGACAGAACUACUUCAAUGGUUAAGAGAUCAUGCAGAUAUCCCUGGUGAAGAUGACGAGUAUGCAGAACCUGACGAGGAUGAGGGAGAUAGUGAUUAA